GCAUGCCCAGUGAGUUGGUGUCUAGUCUGAGCAGCAGAGUAAUUACUAGAUAAUUUACAUUAGAUUUGGAAGAGGAAAUUAAAGAAAGAAGAGACCAGUAGCCUUGUUUGAAUAUUAUUUUCAAGGCACCGUCACGACGUCAAGCUGAAACUCCUAUGGGAUAUACCCAGAGGCUGGAGAAAGUAAGGGAACACAUCACAGAAGCUGCAGUGAAAAGGUGUGCAUUGCGUCACCACACCUAGCCUCCCAAACUCACAUGCACUAGUACUACAGGGAAGGGAACAUGUAAAGAUUUCAACUCGCAUUGAGGAUACUAAUACCUGGUAUGGAUUCCAGCAGACAAGUGGAAAAAGAACAAAUGGAUUAUACCCUCACUAGUAAAAGCAGAACUUGAAACAAAAUAAGGGACAAAUGCAUUUUACUCCUCAUUAAAUAGAGCUAAAAAAGGAAAUAUACAGUUGGAUUUCUGAUGGUUAUUGAAGAGGACUGAAUAGACAACAUUAUUUAAUGUUUAGUGUGAAAUAUAUAUAGUAAGAUUUUUUUUAUUUUAAUCAUUGAAACAGGAAACAGGAUUGGAACAGUGAAGACACUCAACUGACUCUUUUGAUUCCAUUCUAAUAUUUGGUGAAUUAUAUGCAUGAUAUCUGUAGUCUUUAAUGGUCCAAGACAUGAUGAUAUUGUGGACUGGGGUAUUUUGCUGUUGCAAUAGUGGAUAAACUGGGAUACAACCACAAAAUAUGAUUUACAUUAUAGAUAAUUUUUGCAGGAAGAAAAGUCUUACGGCAUAUUCAUGAGGUUAUAAAUACCAUAAUUUUGUAAUCCCUUGAAAAAAUUGGACAAACAUACAUCAAGGGAGAGAAACAUUUAUAGGUUUUUUAAAAACUGUGUGUGGUGUCAUCUGCCUUCAGAGAGACUUUUCCUAUUUAUCAGGAGGAUUUGCAUGAAAUUGCACACAAAUGUACAUGGUAAAACUCAAAGUAAAAAGGAUAAUUUACUGUUAAGGCUCAGCUGCAGAGAACCUAUAAUUACAAGAGGAGAAGACGGAAGAAUCCACAGCAGCCAUGAAACCAAGAGGAAUACAAUGGUACUCUACCUUGCCCUCAAUAAAGAUAGCUUUGAUAAUAUGGACUCUGUGCAUAGAACCUUGCAAAAACAAAGAACAACUAACGAUGGGAAUAGUUGUUCCCUCAGAUUUUUUUAUGAAAAGAACUACAAAUGCAAAAAUUUUUGAAAAGAAAAAUGGAAUUGCAUCUAUUGAUGAUGAUGAUUUCAGGCUUGCUCUCAGUCGCUACAGGUUUGAUAUCACCCGGUUAGAGUUGAAGGCCAUAUCAAAGACUGCUGGCUACAGCCCAUGGGAUAUCCUGGAUGUAAUUUGUGAAAAAAUAAUGACCAAUAAAUGGAAUACAGUGCUGUAUGCUAACUAUAAUGAAGAAUUCAAUGCAGCCUCUGUUCAGUACCUUCUGUCACUCCUAUCCUUUAUGGGAAUCCCCACCAUAGUGUGGGUUCCUUUUAAGUCGGGCCUGGCUGAGAACCCUUCAGAAAGCCUUAAUCUUCAGCUGACUCCAUCAGUUUAUCAUAUCGAUGCAGCAUUACUGAAAUUGAUGAACCACUACUCAUGGUCACGUUUCUCCAUCAUAACAACCAAUAUUCCUGGGAACGCAGAACUCGUGGCCACCAUGAGGCGCAUGAUUAAGACAGAAUUUGAGGGAAGGGAAUAUGUUUUAUUAGAUAGUGUCAAAAUCUGGAAUGCCCAAAACUCCGCCGAAGUUUAUGAACAGUUGAAAGUAAUUAAGGACAGUGAUGCAAGAAUUAUUGUUCUCUACGCAUCAAGAGCAGAAGCAAUAGAAAUAAUGCAAGCAGCACAGUCUGAAACAUUGAAUAUUGCCACUGAUGAAUAUCUCUGGAUAGUUACACACCAGGCUGUACUGUUUGAUGAAGAACAGAGGUUAGAGUUUCCAGUGGGGAUGCUGGGUCUAACAUUUGGGGAAGAUGAUACGCUCUGGGACAGACCCACCUUUUUCAGUGCCAUUGAGAUUGGCAUGGAUGUGUGGCUGGAAGGGAUUAAACAGUUCAUAUUAGCCAAUCCAGACCCAGCUAGAGCCAACUCUACAAACCCUCCAUCAUUGGUUCCAAAUUUUUCUUGUGAACCGAACCAGACUGCCUACUGGGCAGAUGGACAGAUUCUCUAUAAAUAUAUGCAAGGGGUGAACUUGUCAGAUAAAAACAUCCAGUUUAAACCAGAUGGCACAUUGAAAGAAUUUGCCUUCAAGGUGAUGAACUUCAAUAAAGAUCACAUAUGGAAAUCAGUGGGUGUUUUUGACGCAGAUGGGCUGAAAUUGGAUGAUAUCAGCUGGCCUGGGGAUGCAGCAACGCCACCUAGGGACAGGCCAGAAAAGUACCACCUGAAAGUGGUCACCCUGGAGGAACCCCCGUAUGUCACAUAUUCUGACUUAGAUCCCCGGACAUGGAAGUGUAACCCUGGAGCUUCACUCUGCAGAAUGAAACCGUUAAACAUCACCCAACAGUACAGCUUUGAAAAUGCCACCCGGAACUCUACCCUUUAUCGUUGCUGCUCUGGGUUUUGUAUAGACCUUCUGAACCUUCUGGCUGAAAAAAUGGGUUUUGACUAUGAGCUCUAUGUAGUGGAAGACAGGAAAUGGGGGGCUCCUGACAGCAAGGAUGAAAAUGGAAAACCUAUGUGGAAUGGAUUGGUCAAAGAUCUUAUGGAUCAUAAAGCAGACAUGUGCAUGACAUCUUUAAAGAUCAAUCCAGAGAGAAGUAGUGUGAUCAGUUUCUCAGUGCCUUUCCUAGAAACUGGGAUCACUAUUGUGGUAGCUGUGAGGGAAGGGGCAAUCUCACCCAAAGCAUUCUUAGAGCCGUUUGACAUCAAAUCAUGGCUACUGAUAUUACUCGCAGCUAUCCAAGUUGUAGCUGUCUCAGUGUUUCUCUUUGAAUGGGGAAGUCCCUAUGGCUUUAACAGGCAAAAACGUCCUGUCACAAGAGAUGAGUCACAUGGAAGGAAAAGUGAUUCGAAACAUCAUCAGCACAGAUUUUCAUUAUUCCGAUCAUUUUGGCUGAUAUGGGCAAUGCUGUUUGGGGCGGCAGUCAACGUCGACAAUCCAAGAGGAGUGUCAAGCCGCUUUAUGGCCAACAUCUGGGCACUUUUUGCUGUUGUCUUCCUGGCCAGCUAUACUGCCAACCUGGCUGCUUUCAUGAUUGCCAAAGAGGAAUAUUAUGACUUGAAGGGAAUUCAGGAUCCAAUGUUACACAACCCAUUUGCUGUGAAUCCUGCCUUCAAGUUUGCCACAGUGAACAGUGGGGCCACAUCCAUUAACUUAAAGAAGAAUUACCCAAAUAUGUACAGCUACAUGCAGCAAUGGAACAAAGUGAAUGCUGCAGAGGGUACCCAGGCUGUUAAAGACAAAAAAAUUGAUGCGUUCAUCUAUGAUGCCACCGUGUUGGAAUACCGUGCUUCCCAUGAUGAGGGCUGUAAGUUAAAGACAGUGGGAAACUGGUAUGCCAUGACAGGCUAUGGUGUUAGCUUUCCUAAAGACUCCAAGUAUGUAGACACUGUAAAUGAGCAUUUACUGCAGUUAAUACAAAGAGGUGAUUUAGAGCGCCUACAAAAAUAUUGGCUUGCUGGAGCUUGUAAGAAGAACAAUCAAAGGGGAGUCUCCAGUCAUCCAUUAAAAAUAGUCAACUUUACCAGUGCAUACAUUCUCCUAGCUGGGGGUAUUUUGCUAGGAGCAUUACUUCUAUUGAUGGAACAUGUCUACUUUAAAUGCUUCCGACCAAAAUUAAGAAAGUGGGACAAGUGUGGAUGCUGUGGAUUGAUAAGUCUUAGUAUGGGCAAGUCCUUGACAUUUGAGCAGUCUGUGAUGGAAACCCUAGAUCUGACAAAGAAUUACAAAUGCAAGAACCCCAUCUGUGAGACACAGCGAUGGAAGGUUCAACAUGAGCUUGAUCUUGCCCUCCUCAAGAUAGAAAGGUUGCACAUGAGACUGAGAACACAUGGCUUUGAGAUUCAAGAAAAGGCAGUGUGGAGGGAUAACAGGCCAAAGGCCAUCACUUUCAGGGAAGAACCAGAUGUAUGCAAUAUGCCAAGAAAAAGGAAAAAUUUCAAACAACAGGCCUCACAAGACAAACCAUCCUAUGAUGUACAUAAAGAAAACAAGGAGUUCCCUCUCGCUAAUGACAAAACACAUAUUGUGCCAGCCUCUAGGCCAAGCUCAACACCUGAGCAAGAACAUAAGCCUAAGACUAGUCCUUCCUUUUGGAAGUCUAAGAAAAAGGACAAGGAUAAGAGUGCAACCCCUAGUCCUCAGCCUUACAGAUCUAAAACCCCUCCACCACCGUACAAUGCAGUGGAUCCCAAAAAUAAAACUCGCCAUCUUGGUGGAAGACAGUACUCUGGGGUACGGUCAGACCCUCCUAUUGAUCAUUUAGAAAUGGAAACAGUUUUAUGA